GUCGUUUGGUCUCAGAUGCAAAUUGGUGUUACCUACCGGUACUGUUUGGCCGACAGUUAUUAACGGUGUCCUGUCUGGCAGAGCGCAGAACUUGACUCACAGAGGCACAGCACAACCACCAUGGGACGUGGCACCCUAUUGGGAUGAUACUGUCACACAUUUUUGUACAGCUGUUGGAGAGUUGCAACUAUCUGUUGACUUAACUGCUGUGGAAGUUUCCUCUUAAAAUUUUGGCUAGGGUGGCAUUCCAAACGUUGUGGGGGAUCAAUGGCCUAACUUUUUUGCGGUCAAGGAAGCUUCCUAUCAAGUAUUGUGUUGCUUUCAAAUGUACUGUAUGGAAACUUUGCUGGAUGGUUCACUUCUUGGUACCUUAUCCUACUUUAUCAAGCAUACCGGUAUGCUGGAAUGACAGAGAUAACGCUACGUGUAUGUCGUGUUGUGAAUUCUGAACUUUUGAUGAACUUACUUGUACGACAGCUAUAAACCUUGUAAGUCAGUUUCAUGAAACCUCAACUUGGUGCUCAGCUUUGGUAAACCAGCACAGUGAGAAGUGUGCCUUGGGUCAUACUUGCUGCAGACAUUACAUUGAGAGUUGCCUGAGUCCAGUGUACAAGUACAUGUACAUUAUUUUGAACCCCACAUGCUCUAAGCGAUCAGUCGAAGACUUGUCCUCGGAAGUUUUCAAAUCGCCAUGACGACAACAGUGGAGCUGUCCAGCUUGACCCCGGAGGGACUGACCAUUUCCAUCGAUCCCGCAGUAGUGUUUUCAGAUCUCUUGUUCAAUGCUGAUCUGGCUAGAGGACGUUGUCCACCUCUGGUGCAAGCUGUGUUCUAUGGGGAUGCUGAUGAGGUCAGAGGCCUGGUGUAUAUGAAUGAAGAUGUCAACAGCGCAGAUAUGGAGCGGCGUACGCCCAUUCAUGCGGCAGCCUUCCGUGGUGAAGCCGAGAUCGUGGACUUCCUCGCUCAGAGUGGAGCCCGCGUUAACACCAAGGACAGCAGGUGGUUGACCCCCUUACAUAGAGCUGUGGCAUCAAAAAGCUUGAGCACAGUGAAAAUGCUGCUGAAGCACAGCGCCGACGUCAACGCACGGGACAAGAACUGGCAGACGCCGUUGCAUGUGGCAGCGGCCAACAAUGCCAUCGAGAUUGCCGACACACUGAUGAUGCACCUUAGCACGGUCAAUGUGACAGACCGGGCCGGACGGACAAGCCUGCACCAUGCUGCAUUCAAUGGGCAUGUUAAUAUGGUGAAACUCUUAGCAUCUAAAGGAGGUACCAUCAAUGCACAGGACAAGAAGGAAAGGCGCCCUCUUCAUUAUGCUGCCUACAUGGGGCACGUGGAUGUUGUGAAGGCACUCCUGGAAAACGAUGCCGACAUUGGCUGCAAGGAUCGCAACCAUUUCACCCCAAUCCAUGCCGCCUGCGCCAGCGGGCAAGUCAGUGUUGUACGGGUUCUCCUUGACUUUGGGGCCAAGGCUGAUGUGGUGAAUGCCAAUGGAAACACACCCGUCCACAUUGCUUGCCUGAAUGGCAACGACCUGGUGCUGCGUGAGUUGAUCCAACAUGGUGUGGAUAUUAACGUGCUGAACCACAAAGGACAGUCUCCUCUCCAUCUGGCGGCUGUGUCGCCCCACGGUGGCACGUGCCUGGAGAUCCUGCUCAGCGAGGGCGCCAACGUCAACGUCCGCUGUAAAGAAGGCCGCAUGCCCCUUCACAUGAUAGCACUGCAGGGGCGGUAUACCCGGGCUGAGAGCUUGAUUGAGCAUGUCUCCUACCAACCUAAAUCAACUAAGACUUCUAACCCUGGUAAUGUUUCAGUGCUUUUAGUGUGGUGCGGCAUCCACGGUAUGCUCCCCCUCCAUUUAGCAGCUCUGAGGGGCUACACCAUCUGCUGUAAGAAACUCCUGGAAGCAGCAGAAUGUGAUAUUAAUGCACUGGAUGACAACCAUCGCACCUGUGUCCAUUGCGCAGCAUGCUCAGGAAAUGUAGAUUGUCUGGAUUUACUAAUCCGAAGUGGUGCCGACUUCACCCUGCCAGACAAGGAUGGUCGGACGCCCUUACACUACGCAUCCGGCAAUGCCAACCAUCAGUGCACACUGUCUCUUGUAGCCAUGAAGGCCAACGUCAAUGGGUUGGAUGCCAGGGAUUGUUCACCGUUGCAUUACGCGGCUGCAGCUGACGUGGAGGCAGAUUGCGUAGAGCAUUUGCUUCAUAACAACGCCAAUCCACGACUGCGAGACAUCAAUGGCUACAACACACUGCACUAUGCAGCUGCCAGCGGACAUAGCCUAGCCGCUGAGAAGUUGCAGGCAGUAGCAGCGAGUGAUCUUCUCAACACUGGUGGCUCUGCUCCACUCACCACGCCUCUUCAUUUAGCGGCAUACAAUGGUCACGUGGAAGUCCUUCACGUUCUGAUUGGAUCCAUCGUCAACCUGGACAUUCAGGACGCCAACGGCCGGACGGCGCUGGACCUAGCUGCAUUCAAGGGCCACAUAGAUUGUGUGGAGGCUCUAGUCAUGCAGGGAGCCACGAUCCUGAUCCACGACUCGGUGUCCAAACGAACGCCAUUUCAUGCCGCAGCCUACAACGGGCAUUCCGAGUGCCUCAGAAUCCUCCUGGAAAACGCCGACCAAGAGGGGGCGGUAGACUGCCUGGACAACCAGUCGCGGACGCCGCUGAUGGUCGCUGUUAGCAAUGGCCACACAGAUGCUACGCUGUUGCUGCUACAGCAUGGGGCUAGUUUGAGCGCUAGGGACAUCCACCACAGGACUGCCCUGCAUCGUGGGGCAGCCAAUGGCCAUGAAGAAUGCGUGGACGCGCUGCUGCAGAGCCAAGCCAAUACCUCCUGUGCCGAUGUCAAAGGUCGCACGCCACUGCACAUGGCAGCGGCCUGCGGUCACGUGGGCAUACUGGGGGCACUGCUGCAGGCAGGGUGUACCAACCAUCUCGAUGGCAACGGUUACACACCCUUACACUGGGCUUGUUACAAUGGGCACGAGAACUGUGUGGAAUUACUACUUGAGCAAGAUCCUAAAAUGUUCUUCAAAGGAAAUUCUUUCACUCCAUUGCACUGUGCUGUUUUAAAUGAUAACGAGUCCUGUGCAGAGCAGCUCAUCGAGUCACUGGGUGAUGAAAUUGUCAACAUUCAAGACAGAAAAGGAAGAACGUCUCUCCAUGCCAGUGCCCUCAAUGACCAGGUGGAAUGCCUGCAGCUCAUGCUGAAGCACGGGGGCCAGCCCAACCUAGCCGACCAACUGGGCAGGACCUGCCUCAUGGUGGCAGCAGAGAGCGGUUCGGCAGGCACCAUAGAGCUCUUCUGCUCCCCGUCAGAUCAAAUAGAUGGCCCCUGUGAGUUGGUAGUGAGUAGCGCCAGCGCUGACCUCAACGUCUGUGACAGCCAUAAGAAUACUGCAUUGCACCUUGCCUGCCAGCAGAAACAUGAAGGCUGUGCAUUGAUGAUUCUGGAGAAGCUUGAUGAGCCUACCAUCAUCAGCUUUGCCAACAUCGAUGGUCUCACGCCUCUUCAUAUAGCGGCCAAUAGUGGUCUAGUGUCCGUAGUUCAAGAAUUGAUCUCUAAAGGAGCCAGUUUAUUAGCAUUAGAUAACAAAGGAUACACCCCAGCCCUGAGUUGUGCCCCCACCGACAAGGUAGCCGACUGCCUGGCUAUUAUCCUGGCCCACAUGUUGCCCUUCUCGCCGGCCAGCACCGCCUCCAAUUCCCGCAUCGCGCUGGCCAUGAGCGGGGAGCUGGGCCGGCUCAGGAACGCCAGCCUGGAGUUCACCGAUGGCAACCGCAGCAGAGGCGAGAGCAAUGCCGAUACCUCCGACUCGGAAACCUACUGAGACAAAGUUUGUCCCCAAAAAAAUUAACACGGGUGCAUCACGUCACACCGUCCCAAAUCCAGAGUUGUAGUUGGGUACAUUCCCAGUGCUGUGUUAACUGCCGGCUAUUGAGGUGGUUUGGUUGCGAUAAAGCUGAAGGAUACAGACAUUGAAGAGUAAAUAUUAAUAAUGAUAAUAUCAACUUAUCCAGGAACUUAUCAAGGUGCCAUAUACUGUCAUCCCUGCUCACCGGACCUGCAAACAGUCCUCCAAACUAUCUCAGCUCCCUGGGGAGUAUACAGUACGAUGCUAUCAUUUUAGGCACAAACAGCUAAUCAAACACAACCACCACCUCUGCCCCUGUUUAUACUCCUGGGCAGAGCUGUUGUUUAGAGGGAGUUGCAACAUGAGUGUCUCAACUGUUGGAACCAAAAUGGUGGAUUAUGCAUCUGUGCACGUGGGCAAUGGACCUUUCCCAUGAAAUAUGCAAAUAAGGCAGAGGCAUGCGCAUUGAUACGACUGGUUGGCAAAGUUGCUUAAAUCUAUGACGUAACAAUACAAAUCUCCAUGUGUGCUCAACCAUGAGCACAGACACGCGGUUUCUGCUCUGGUAUAGUUUGGCAUGAUUACCAAACUUAAAAGACAAGUUACUUUCCAAUCUCAGGGCACCGAAAAACUUCACUCAGUUUCGAGAAAAAUGUGCUAAAAUGUCCGACAAAGGCUGUAAUACUGUUUUGAUUGAUGUUCGACAUGCCAGGUUAUGGUGACAGCAGCUCUACACUGCUGACUGGGAUGACGGCCGUGCUUGCCAACCAGUGGUAGCGCAUGCACCUGUCUAAUUUGCAUAUUUCAUGGGAAAGGUCCAUUAGCACAAUAUAGCAGCAUGUUGUACUGCACACACAAGGAACGGCCAUUUUGGUUCCAAAGUUUGAAGUCGGUACUUCUCUUUCUGUACACAGCUCUGCUCCUGGAUGGAGAGAGACCGGUAGGAGUAAAGUAGCCUCGCCCACGGUCACAAUCUGUGACAAGUGGUUGGAUUUGACCGCCAACCUCAGCUACUAGAACAAACGCCUACAAAUACCGAAAGAACUUGGAAAGUUGGAGCUAUCAGACGCUUGUAAAAAACUAAGACUUCAAGGCAGACAUUUGCAGAAAGUACCUGCUGAGUACUCUUCUCGAGUACUUCUGUUCAGAAGUUUAAGUAAAAAGUGUGGUUACAUGUAUGUAAUACAUACAUGUAACCAUUGUAUCCACUCACCGUAGCACUGUUACUGCUGCCACAAACUUCAGUUGCUAUUGCCUGUCAAUGUCUCUUUCACUGUGUUUACAAUAAACAGCUCGGAAUUUGGAGGUGGACAAAAGAGACUUGGAAAGUACUCAACUGCGGCACUGUCCACAACAAGAGGUCGUGUCAAGAUUGUGAUAAUGGGCAUUUAAAGCUAAGGAAAAACUAGCAAGCAUUACAUGUACGUGUUGUUAUUAUUUCAUGUAAAGUCACACCAUUGUUCAUAGAUUUAUCAUUCCUCCUUGCAGUUUCAGGAAUUUCCACUUUCCAGUGGGUAGUAUGCGUGUAUGCACUCAUGCAAUCAAAUAUUCUGCCAAACUUGUCAGCGCUGUCUUGCAUCCGCGCUUUUGCUGAGUGCCUCUGUCUGAACCACCAUUUCGCACCAGAAGAUGUGCAAGUAAGGUGGGGCUAUCUGCCUACACAGGUGUGGCUGACAGGGUUGAGAUGUCAUGCGAUCCUUGACUUAAUCUCUGACUUGCAUCAAACUCGCAGAUCUGUCAUUUGUUUCAUACACACAAAGUCUAAGAAGUCUUCGGGGAGGCAGGCCGUGUGUCGAACUUGGCCGCUGUGCACAGCCUUUUGUAGUAGCAAAUAUCGCCCCUUGGCUGAACCCCGGAGUGUUGAAAAAUGUGAGGCUACGGUAAGAAAAAUCAUUCAAGUACUGUUCAAAUAGAUGUUGGGAAUUAGUAUUUGUAGCAUUUGGCAGUACAUAAAAAAAAAUUGGCCACUAUAUUUUGCCUUUUUUGAAAUUUGAAAGUUUUGGCCAAAAAGAAUAGCAUCUGUGAGUGGUUUAGUAGGAAAGAUCUUUAUUCCUGCUAUAGGCUGUUGCUCUAAACCAAAAUGACAUGGUGCCCUGGGUCCUAGAUAGCUCAACUUACAGCCUCAGAUUGUCAGCGGGGAAGUUGCGGGGACCUUUUCCUUGCAAUUACAGAGUUCCCGCGGCCUGGAAAAGUCAUGAAAAAGUCAUGGAUUUUUUGUUUUCAGUUUCCAGGCCUGAAAAAAGUCAUGGAGUUUUGUAAGAAUGACUAAAGUCAUGGAAAAUUCAUGGAAUUUUCCAACAUUGUAUGUGAUUUCUGUUAUCAGAAAUAAGUGCAUAAAAUGCGUAAUUUUAUUUACAACUUUAAAAGUCCGAAUAGUCCAAGAA